ACGGAAGUAGGCGGGACUCCUAUUGACUGGGAAAUGUCAGCUGCUUGACUGGACGGAUUUCUUUUCUAGGGAGCCGGGAGGCCUUCUGGUGACAGCCUCCGCCGUCUCCCCUGAGUGUGGGUCUCAGACCCUGGACGGCUGUGGCGUACGCGGAGCUUACCGGUCCCUUCCAGACGCUGUCUGGCGAGAUCGGACGUGAACAGAUAUGGUUCAGAACUGUACGUGAAUAACUUCAGCUUCUCAGAGUGAAUAUUCAAUAAUGAGUGGUGCAGCUUUGGGACUUGAGAUUGUUUUUGUAUUUUUUCUCGCAUUAUUUCUACUUCAUCGAUAUGGAGACUUCAAGAAACAACAUAGACUUGUAAUUGUUGGAACACUGCUUGCUUGGUAUCUCUGCUUUCUUAUUGUCUUUAUAUUGCCUCUGGAUGUUAGUACGACAAUAUAUAACCGGUGCAGGCAUGCUGCUGCAAAUUCAAGCCCUCCAGAGAAUAACAACAGUACAGGAUCAUAUGCAACUGUUAACCCAGUUCACAGACAACAUCCAUGUUUUAAGCCAUGGAGUUACAUUCCUGAUGGAAUCAUGCCAAUUUUCUGGAGGGUAGUAUAUUGGACAUCACAAUUUUUAACAUGGAUUCUUUUACCUUUUAUGCAGUCAUAUGCAAGAUCUGGAGGGUUUUCCAUCACUGGAAAGAUAAAAACUGCACUGAUUGAGAAUGCAAUCUACUAUGGCACAUAUUUGCUAAUUUUUGGAGCAUUUUUAAUUUAUGUAGCUGUAAACCCACGUUUGCAUUUAGAAUGGAACCAACUUCAGACAAUUGGUAUAGCUGCCGCCAAUACAUGGGGUUUGUUUCUUCUUGUGUUGUUGUUGGGGUAUGGGUUGGUGGAAAUUCCUCGGUCAUACUGGAAUGGAGCAAAAAGAGGUUAUCUACUUAUGAAGACUUAUUUUAAGGCAGCGAAACUGAUGACAGAGAAAACAGAUGCAGAAGAGAAUUUAGAAGAUGUUAUGGAGGAAGUUCGUAAAGUCAACGAAAGCAUCAAAUAUAACCACCCGUUGAGAAAGUGUGUUGACACAAUACUUAAAAAGUGCCCUACAGAGUAUCAGGAAAAAAUGGGUAGGAACAUGGAUGAUUAUGAAGAUUUUGAUGAAAAGCGUAAUACCUAUCCAAGUGAAAAAAGUCUGGUAAAGUUGCAUAAACAGGUGAUUUAUUCAGUUCAGAGGCACCGUCGAACUCAAGUGCAAUGGCAGAUUCUUCUGGAACAAGCAUUUUAUCUAGAAGAUGUAGCAAAAAAUGAAACUAGUGCCACCCACCAGUUUGUUCACACUUUUCAAUCUCCAGAGCCAGAAAAUCGAUUUAUCCAGUAUUUUUAUAAUCCUACAAUUGAAUGGUACUGGGAAUGUCUUUUGCGACCGUGGUUUUACAGGAUUCUUGCCGUGGUUUUGUCCAUCUUUUCUGUGAUUGUUGUAUGGUCAGAGUGUACGUUCUUUAGCACAACUCCUGUCUUAUCCCUCUUUGCAGUCUUCAUACAACUGGCAGAAAAAACAUACAAUUAUAUUUAUAUUGAGAUUGCUUGCUUCCUUUCCAUCUUUUUCCUCAGUAUUUGUGUUUAUUCUACUGUAUUCAGGAUUCGUGUAUUUAACUAUUAUUACUUGGCUUCUCAUCACCAGACUGAUGCGUAUAGUCUACUUUUCAGUGGCAUGUUAUUUUGCCGUUUGACUCCUCCUUUAUGUCUUAAUUUCCUGGGUUUGACCCAUAUGGAUUCCUCCAUUUCUCACAAGAAUACUCAGCCUACUGCUUAUACAUCUAUUAUGGGUUCCAUGAAAGUUUUAUCCUUUAUUGCAGAUGGAUUCUAUAUAUACUAUCCUAUGUUGGUGGUAAUUCUCUGUAUUGCUACUUAUUUUAGUUUGGGCACCCGUUGUUUGAAUCUGCUUGGUUUCCAGCAGUUUAUGGGAGACAAUGAUAUGACAUCAGACCUAGUUGAUGAAGGAAGAGAAUUAAUCAAAAGAGAGAAGAGAAAAAGACAAAGGCAAGAAGAAGGUGAAAAUCGAAGAAGAGAAUGGAAAGAACGUUAUGGACACAAUAGAGAAGAUUCCACUAGGAAUAGAAAUGUUCAUUCUGAUACAAAAGAGUCCAAUUUCUCAGAUAGUAAUACCAGUUGGUCAUCCAAAUACACCAGAGCUAAUAAUAGGACUGAAAGGGACCGAAUAGAACUUCUCCAAGAUGCAGAACCUUUGGAUUUUAAUGCAGAAACAUUCAAUGAUGAUCCUCUUGAAUCUGAGUCAGGAAGGUAUCAGCCUGGUGGACGAUAUCUCUCAAUGUCUUCCAGUAUAAUAUUUGAAGAUAUCUGAAGUCUGAAAACAUUUAUGGAACAGCUAAACAGUUCAACACAUCGCAUCAGUUCAUUUUUUAUGAACAUCUGUAUGCCCCAGAAUUUCCUGCCUACUCUCAAGGAAGUGUCAGUACAACAAAAAGGACACCAAGCAUUAAUUACAGCUUAGUUUAUUAAAGAGUGUUAUCUUUUCUAGUAAUAUUUAUUCUGUACCAUUGCCCAAGUGUCUGCCUUAGAAGUAGAGUUACAAUGGAAGGAUUUAAUUCAUGAUAAAGAUCAGUAUAUGUUGAGAACAUAUACUUCAGUUUCAUGGGAACUUUUAGAGGAAAGUUAAAGAUUCAAGGAAGCCAUAAGUCAUACUAAAUAUCAUACAUUUUAUUAUUGAGAUUUACAUUUUUGCUGUUUCUAAAAAAUACAUUUAAUCUAUAUUUCCCAAAGAAAUGUAAGUGAAUGGAGACCUCAAGUAAUAACCAUAUUCGCAAAAUCCAUGUCUUAAAACUUACUUAUUAGACAUAACUGAAUGUAAAAGCCUUUUUUCAAAUCUGUGUGCAAAUUUGUGGGGUAUUUUGCAUGAAUAAUUAGGAUUAUAUUUAGGCUAAUAGUGUUAGUGUCUUUAGCAUGUAUACACUAAUCAAGUGAUACAUUAUUUUUUCAGUCUUCCUAGUAACUGGAUUUUAAAAAUGCUUUGGUAUCUCUUUAGACAAAAUUUUCAUUUCAGAGGGAAAUAUUUACUUUUAGCAUUUAGCAUAUUGAUUUAAAUAUUGAUCAUUCCAUUCAAGUGGAAAUUUUAAGUUUUAAUGAUAAUUUUUUUAAUAGCCAAAGAGUUCUGCAGAAUUGUCUGUUCAAAGGUUCUUGUUUACACUUUUUGAAAAGAAAACAUCUGGCUAUUUAAAGAUAAAAUGUGAAUCUAUUUACUACUUAAAUUAUGGCUUAUAGAAAACAGAAAACUGUAUUCGAACAGAAAUGUAUAAUAACUUGUUGGUUAAGUGUGCUUAUUUCAAUUUGAUUGUUUUCAUCUUUGUUGGUAUUAUAGCCAAACUAGGUAUUAUAUUUUAAAGCAUCAGAUUUUAUUGCAAAAUGGAAAGGCAUUGAUUUAAUAUGGCAGAGUACAGCAUGCUCACAGAGUUUUUUUAUGGCUGAAGAUACUGAUAACUGAUAGAAUCUGUGCCAUAUUGGGUAAUCAUACUUGAGCUUGUUUCUCUCUUUUUUUUUUUCUUGGUGAUGCUGGGGAGUAAACCCAUUGCCUUCAAAGUAAGCUACAUUCCAGGCUGUGUUUUGUUUUGUGACAGUCUCAGAAGGUAGGCUUGAACUUGUGGUCAUCCUGUUUCAUUCUGCCAGAAUGCUGAGAUUGCAGGUAUAAAUCACUAUACCUGGUAGCUUAUUCUCAGUUUAACACUUACAUCCUUAAUUAUAGUUAACUGCUAGUGCUCAUUCCAUUUCACAUGUCUUUAUUUGAAGGUGUAGAAGAUUAUCCUAAUAAGGUGAUUAUAGGUUUCUGAACAUAAUUUUUCCGAGUCAUAAAUUUAAAAUUUUUAUAUUCCUCUUUAAUAAAUGUUAUGUAAAUUUUUAAAAAAGUUCUAUCCAAGUACUAAUUUUUUUCUUUUCUCCCUUGUGCUGAAGAUAGAACCCACGGCUUUGUAUGUGCUAGCAAGUGCUCUGUCAUGAGCUAAAUCCAGUCCCUAUCUGUUUUUUGAGAUUAUAUCCCCUUUAAAUUAUUAAUGGACAGAUGUAUUCUCAAUUGAAGAUCAUAUAUGCUACUCAUUUGAGAUUGUGAAGUGUCAUCAGAGAGCAGUAGGCCAGGAGAAGUAAUAAUUUAAUAUUGUUUGUAAUUUAUGAUUGCUUCAGUUACUUUGGGCAGACCAUGUAACAUUUCAGUGCCUCAGUUUCUUCAUUUGCAGAAUGAAAGAGAUACUUCUGUUUGCCUCCUAAUUUACAGAGUGAAAAAGAUACUUCUAUUUUCCUCCUGAUCUGCAUCACAAAACCAUUGCGAGGGAGUUGAACUGACAUUUGUGUAGAGGAGUUUAGACAGAAGUUAGCUGUGCUAUGUCCCCUCGUGGUACCUCAGGUGUACAAGUAGAAGUGAUCAUCCCAUAAAGGGGUCCAGCUUCUUAUUGUUACAGAGAAGCUUACAAGUCCUCAAAGCAAAAAUUAUUUCUGAAUUAAUUGAGUAAAAGUCCUGUGAAAAUUUGUUUUAUUAUUU